AUGGAUGCAGUUCAACUGCUGCAUUGCGACUACGAUGAGUUUGAGGAUUUACCGAGAGGAGCGCGGGGAGGGCGCUUCUGCGCCGGUUAUGAUGCCCAGGCAGGUAAGAUACCUCAGCCCGAGGCUUGGCGCCUGCUCGCCUGCCCAGAGAUCAGAUUCGCGAGAGCGCGCUGA